GAGCGCGAAUUGCAGAGCGAAACAGCAUACGAUCCAGAUCAAAUUAACACUUGCAGACACUCAUCAGCUCACGCAGCAGCAACAAUGUCGAUCGUGAGGUGCAACAGCGUGUUUGACCCCUUUUCACUCGACCUCUGGGCCGACCCCUUCGACGCCUUCCGCUCCAUCGUCCCGGCAGUCUCCGGCAACAGCGAGGCGGCCACUUUCGCCAACGCCCGCGUGGACUGGAAGGAGACCCCCGAGGCGCACGUCUUCAAGGCGGACCUCCCCGGCGUGAAGAAGGAGGAGGUCAAGGUGGAAGUGGAGGAUGGAAACGUGCUUGUAGUCAGCGGCGAGCGCACCAAGGAGAAGGAGGACAAGAACGACAAGUGGCACCGUGUCGAGCGCAGCAGCGGCAAGUUCGUCAGGCGCUUCCGCCUCCCGGAGAACGCCAAGGUGGAGGAGGUGAAGGCCGGGCUAGAGAAUGGGGUGCUCACCGUCACCGUGCCCAAGGUUGAGAUCAAGAAGCCUGAGGUGAAGGCCGUCGAGAUCUCCGGCUAAAGGGCAUGCCGAUUGGGCCAGCUUGGUCCAUAUGUCUGCUCGAGUAGACCCUUGAUUUGCAGCAGUGAUGUCAGUGUUUCUAUGGAAUGGCAUAUGUAGUAGUUCUGUAUCGAAGUUUUAUUGUGUAUCUCUGUUGUAAACGUGUGACCAUGUUUCAGUAAUGCCAAAGAAUAAAUAAGUGAUUAAUCGUU